UCUCCGUUCUUUGACGCAUUAAGCCUAUUGUAAUAAUGAUUAUUCAGAAGUAAAACCAAUUUAAGCUAAUUAAAUUUGUUUAUUACGCCAGACGAUUGUCACACAAUUCGUCGCAGUUGCGUCUGAAUCUGAUAAAACUUGUGAACCAUCAAAAUGACGAUCGAAGGCAACAAGGACGAGGCAGAUAGGUGCAUAGAGAUUGCGCAAAAUGCAUUCUCUGCUGGAAACGCUGAGAAAGCUGAACGUUUUUUGCUCAAAGCCGAGCGUUUAUAUCCUACAGCGCGGGCCAAAGAACUAUUAACGCGAGUCAGAGCUGCAGGCAGUACGGGAAGUGUGCCCAAACGUACGCCUCCGAGCAGCCCUAGUGCGGAAGAUAUACGACGAAGGAAAACCCCUACACAUCAACCUCCUCAAAGGGAAUACACUUCAGAGCAACUAGAAGCCGUACGCCGAGUGAAAACCAAGUGCAAGGAUUACUAUGAAGUACUAGGAGUGACCAAGGAGGCCACAGACUCGGAUAUAAAGAAAGCCUACAAGAAACUAGCGCUUCAGCUCCAUCCAGAUAAGAACCACGCCCCUGGAGCUGCCGAAGCUUUUAAGGCAAUAGGAAAUGCGGCAGCCAUCCUCACAGACCCGGAGAAGAGGAAACAGUACGACCUGCGUGGUGAGGAGCCGACACACGCGACUCAUACGCACCACCAGUACUACGCAAGAGGAUUCGAGUCGGACCUCACCGCUGAGGAACUAUUCAACAUGUUCUUCGGGGCUGCCGCCUUCCCCGGCGGCGGUCCCACCGUCUACACCCGCAGACGAGCCCGCGAACCCGAACCGAGAGACAGCCACGCCGGCAUCGUUCAGCUCUUACCGGUCCUCGUGCUGGUCCUCCUCUCGAUGAUGUCUGGCUUCUUCAUCAGCGAACCGGUGUACAGUCUCAGCCCGAGCCCGAAAUAUCCCGUUCCGAGGGAGACUGUCAAUCUAAAGGUGCCGUACUAUGUGAAGGAGAACUUCCACACAGAUUACCAGGGCUCGUUGAGGAGACUCGAAAUGGCCAUUGAAGAGGAAUAUUUGGUGGGGCUGAAGCACGCGUGCCAGCGCGAGCGCAACUACCGCGACAGCGUGGCGUGGAAGGCGCGCAACUUCGGCGACUCGCGCCACUCGGCCGACGCGCAGCGCCUGCGCAUGCCGUCCUGCGAGAAGCUGCAGCAGUACCAGCGGUAGGCGCCGCCCGCCCCGCCGCCUCCGAUCCUAUACUGCUGCUUUUUAUUUCAUUACUAUGCAUUUGUUUCUCGGUUAUGAACUUUGGAAAGUCUAGCGCUCAGUUGUGACUUAGCCCCCCCCCCCCCCACUUGUGACUACUUCGACUCAUAUAUUAGACCUGAUCCGCAUUGCCGUAUACUGCGUCCACCUUGCCCGCACCUCUAGGAGCAACUUUUCAUCAUAUUCCAUUAUAAUGACCUCGUAACACUUGUAUUUAUUUAAAACAUUUAUAUAAAAAAAAUAUUGUAGACGGAGACUGGACUUAGCGAACACAAUUUGGCGUCUGAAUAAGUUUUUUUUUUUUACAAAAUUGUUAUAGUAUCUAUAUUUAAUGUUAUGAUUUCUAUAGUGACCCCCUAGUUCGCUAUAUUAGCUACAAAAUUUAUAGGAUUCUAAUAGCGUAUCGCCGAAGGUUUUCAUACCCGAGUGAGAUACGAAAUGUCUAGUUACAGAAUAGUACUGCAGAACUCAAUAGUGUGUUAAGUCCUUUCUCAAAUUUGAUGAGUACUCGAAACCAUAUCACCAGUUAAUCCAAAAGGUUGUAAGUAAAUAAUCAGUUUAAAUUUUUUAUCUGUGACUAUUUUAUGGUACAGUUAUGGUUAGUAAAUGUGACUAAAUGAUGGAAGAAGGGAUAGUCCCCUUUAUCCUAAAUAUUCUUCUAAAACCAUAAAGAAUUCCUCCUAAAAUCCAACCGUAUUAAAAUGUCUUAAGAUGAUUUAAAGUGUCUAUGGAUCUAUGUAGGUAAUUAUAUAAUAAUAUCAUAUACUAGAACCUUCUCCAAAACCCGCUGUAUUUUCUGGUACAAGUUUUAUGUAUAUUGGUUUAGUAAAUAUUUCAGGCGUCUUAUGCAAAUCAAUGCCCUUGCUACGUACGACCUUUUGAAUUAAGGGGGUCAACAUAUAUUACUAGAAAGUCGAAUUAUGAUGGUUUUAGCCAAAGUUUUUGUUCGAACACGUUAAGCGAUGUUGCUAGUGUUUGAAAGUUAUUAUAUAAGUAAUAAAUAUUUUGAAAAUUAUUUGCUAAACAGGCGUUGUUUAUGGGUGUUCUGUUUGAUGGUUGCCGUUUUGUUAUAGAUUGUCUAUGGUGAAUGUUUAAUUUGAUGUAUAAUAAAGUAUAAUUUAUUCCCUG